CGUGACCAAUCGCUUACGUGAGCAGAAGUAGUUCUGGUCGUCGUCUACCGUCUCGCUAUAAGCCGUUUGAGGGAAGAAAGAGGAAAAUUAUCCGGUAUCGUUAGAGCUACACCAAAAUUACAUUGAACCGAGCCUGCCAGCAAGAGCCCAACAGUCCACCAUGAUGCUGAGCACUGAAGGCAGGGAGGGGUUCGUGGUGAAGGUCAGGGGCCUGCCCUGGUCCUGCUCAGCUGAUGAAGUGAUGCGCUUCUUCUCCGAUUGCAAAAUCCAAAAUGGCACAUCAGGUAUUCGUUUCAUCUACACCAGAGAAGGCAGACCAAGUGGUGAAGCGUUUGUCGAACUUGAGUCUGAAGAUGAAGUGAAACUGGCUUUGAAGAAGGACCGAGAAACCAUGGGACACAGAUAUGUUGAAGUAUUCAAGUCCAACAGUGUUGAAAUGGAUUGGGUGUUGAAGCAUACAGGCCCGAAUAGUCCUGAUACUGCCAAUGAUGGCUUCGUCCGCCUUAGAGGACUCCCAUUUGGCUGUAGCAAGGAAGAGAUUGUUCAGUUCUUUUCAGGGUUGGAAAUUGUGCCAAAUGGGAUGACACUGCCGGUGGACUUUCAGGGGCGGAGCACAGGGGAGGCCUUUGUGCAAUUUGCCUCGCAGGAGAUAGCUGAAAAGGCCUUAAAGAAACACAAGGAAAGAAUAGGGCACAGGUACAUUGAAAUCUUCAAGAGUAGCCGAGCUGAAGUCCGAACCCACUACGACCCCCCUCGAAAGCUCAUGGCUAUGCAGCGGCCGGGUCCCUAUGAUAGGCCAGGGGCUGGCAGAGGGUAUAAUAGCAUUGGCAGAGGGGCUGGGUUUGAAAGAAUGAGGCGGGGUGCCUAUGGUGGAGGGUAUGGAGGCUAUGAUGACUAUGGUGGCUAUAAUGAUGGGUAUGGCUUUGGGUCCGAUAGAUUUGGAAGAGACCUCAAUUACUGUUUUUCAGGAAUGUCUGAUCAUAGAUAUGGAGAUGGUGGGUCCAGUUUUCAGAGCACCACAGGGCACUGUGUACACAUGAGGGGAUUACCUUACAGAGCUACUGAGAAUGAUAUUUACAAUUUUUUCUCACCUCUUAACCCCAUGAGAGUACACAUUGAAAUCGGACCUGAUGGCAGAGUUACUGGUGAGGCAGAUGUUGAAUUUGCCACUCAUGAAGAUGCUGUGGCAGCUAUGGCAAAAGACAAAGCUAACAUGCAACACAGAUACGUGGAGCUCUUCUUGAAUUCUACUGCAGGCACAAGUGGGGGAGCUUAUGAUCACAGCUACGUAGAACUCUUUUUGAAUUCUACAGCAGGGGCAAGUGGCGGUGCUUAUGGUAGCCAAAUGAUGGGAGGGAUGGGCAUAUCCAACCAGUCUAGUUACGGAGGUCCUGCUAGUCAGCAGCUGAGUGGUGGUUACGGAGGUGGUUAUGGUGGUCAGAGUAGUAUGAGUGGAUAUGAUCAGGUUCUGCAGGAGAACUCCAGUGACUAUCAGUCAAACCUCGCUUAGGCAGAGAAGGAGUACUAAACAACUGGAACAGAAAUAACAGCCGUGAAUUUAUGGGAGUUGACUAGAAUGGGAAUGAUGUCAGGCAUAUCCAGUAUGAUUGGUAAAUGGGAAAUAUCAUUGAUUCUGAUCACUCUUGGUCAGCUAGCUUCCUUUUCUUUUCCUUUCCUCCCUUUUUUCCUCCCCUCCUGUCCCCUCCCUCUUUCUUUCUUUCUUUUCCUUCCUUCCUUCCUUUCUUUCUUUUUCUUUCUCUUUCUUUCUUUCUUUCUUUCUUUUUCUUUCUUUCUUUCUUUCUUUCUUUCUUCCUUUCUUUCUUUUUCUUUCUUUCUUUCUUUUUUCUCUUUCUUUCUUUUUCUCUCUCUCUUUCUUUCUUUCUUUCUUUCUUUCUUUCUUUCUUUCUUUCUUUCUUUCUUUUUCUUUCUUUCUUUUUCUUUUGUCCCUCCCUCCCUCCCUCCCUUCUUUCUUCCUCCCUCUUUUUUUUAAGAAAAAUUAAGUUUAACAGUUUUGCAUUACAGGCUUGUGAUUCAUGCUUACUGUAAAGUGGAAGUCAAGAUUGUUUCAAAACUUCAAGCUCAGUAAUUUUGAACAUUGAAACAUUCACCUAGGAUGUAAUAACAAAGUUCAGUAUUGACCAUAACUGUUAAAACAACUUUCAGCUUUCCUCAAGUUAGUUAUGUUGUAGGAGUGUACCUAAGCAGUAAGCGUAUUUAGGUUAAAGCAAUUUCACUUAUGUUAAAUGUUGCUCUUAUACCACAAUACAUUGAAAACUUUGGAUGCAUGUUGAGAAACAUGCUUUUCUGUAAAACUCAAAUAUAGGAGCUGUGUCUACGAUUUAAAGUGAAAACAUUUGGCAUGUUUGUUAAUUCUAGCUUUUUGGUUUAAUAUCCUAUAAGGCACGUGAGUGUACACUUUUACUUUUUUUUAAAGAAAAGCUCUGGGACAAUUUUGAAGAUGUAAUACCAAUACUUUAGGAGUUUGGUCAUGUCGUUUGUAUGAAAUUCUGAGGCUUUGAUUUAAAUCUUUCCUUGUAUUGUGAUUUCCAUUAGAUGUAUUGUACUAAGUGAAACUUGUUAAAUAAAUCUUCCUUUUAAAAA